ACCGUUUCCAUCCCACCCUCCCGAUUUUUACGCAUCAAUUAUUAUCUCCCCAUCAGAACCCUAGAUCUACCUCUGCUGUUCCCUUUCCUCCCCUCCCUCCCUUCUUCCCUUCUGUCUCGCCUGUUGUUUUCCAAGAGAGGGAUAUUGAACUAAAACAAAAAAAAAGGGAUCAGACGGAGUUCAGAGAACCUGCACAUAAUAUUCUACGGGCUCUCAUUGCGUCGCACCAAGAGCCACGAGGCACAGCAUCCACGUACCCCCGGGGCCAAUUCGAGUUCCACUUACACUCCCCGGGUCGUCGAGGAACGCCAUUCGACUUGGAACAGAGACUGGACGGAGAAGGAACGGAACCGCCAAGGAGCCCCCAACCGCAGCGAGGGUAUCCUCUCAACGUGAUGGUCGGGAGCGGAACUGUGUAGCCUCCCACCGUCUGCCUUGGAAAAGCUGCGAAUCAUCCUGCUCUGGAAGUUCAGCCGAUCCUUGCGCACUCCCUGCGCCUGAUUCCUGACCGCCGAAAGCGCCCCCCGCCGCCAGAGAGCAGAGGGGGACCGAUCCGACCGAAGAAGGGGAGAAUAGAAGAAAAAAAAGCAUAUCAUCCGCCGAGAUGUCCACACCAGGGCUGGCCGACCGGAACCGCUCGGGUUCGAGCGCUGCCAGAUCUAGGGGCAGAGGGACACAGCCCACGGAAUACGCGAUGCCGCCUAGGUCGGCACACACCUCGACUGUGAUGCGGUACUUUGAGCCAAGCGCCGCGACGGCGUCCAUGUUCCUAUACGCCCAGGGCAGCUCCGUGGUUUGCUGCCACCACGACACCCUUACGAUCGAGCGCAGGUUCUCGCGCCAUUCCGAGGAGAUUCAGCUGCUGGCUGUCGAUGUCCAGAGCGAGACGGGGGCGGGCAGGCUCGUCGUCAGCUACGACGCCGGCCAGACCGCCAUCGUGUGGGAUCUAAUGUCGGGAGACGAGGUCGCUCGUUUCGCCUCAUACGAGCAUCUUACAACCGCAGCGUGGAUGCGCAACGGAAACGUCGCGUUUGGAAACACACAAGGAAACAUAAUAUUAUUUGAGCCCCAAACCUCGGAGCACAUCUCUUCGAGGACAUUGGAUCAAAUAGCAGUGACAGCGCUUGCACCCUCGGCCGACUGUCGGACUUUUGCCAUAGGAUACCAGAACGGAUCGCUCCUCAUCGCAAACCUGCAGCCGAGGUUUACCAUUUUGCACAACCUAACCACAUCCAGGGGGCCGUCGCCUAUCGUCAGCUUGUCAUGGCACGCCUCGUCCUCGCGUCAAAAAUCUGACAUGCUGGCAGUGCAGACGAACGACGGCGAUCUUCGGAUCUGGAGCGUGGCCAAGUCGUACAAUAACGCAGACCCGGCCAAGGUAGUGAGGAUCUUGAGGAAGUCGGAGAACUUUCUCACGGGGCCAAACUGGAUGGCCUGGUCCAAGAACGGCCGCAUUGUCCAGUUCUCAGAAAACGAGACACUGUCGUGGGAUGUCCGGACAAAGCACGUUACAUUCGAUUCCAUCCCCUCGCUGGAGCACGUCCGCGGACUCGCUGUCUACGGGCCUGGUGCGAGCCUCUUCACCCUCGGCGCGAAUAACACUGUCCAGCAGUUCGACCUCAACGCCCCGGCCGUGAUGGUCGCCAAUGUCCAGCACCCAGCAAACCUCCUCCCACCGUCGCCUCCGGUCUCGAUCGAGGAGCAAGAGAAGGCUGCGGCCGCCAGCGCAUCCGAGUCCGAGAUCUCGGUUGUGAUCGAGACGACGGCUUCUGAGAGCGAGGAGGACCACAUGUCGCCUCUGGCCCGGAUGAUCAAGUCCAAGGCCACUCCGCCGCCGCCACCGCCGCCGCCGCCGCAGCAGCAGCAGCAGCAGCAGCAGCCAAAUCCCCAAUUCCGUCCCGCGAGCUCUCAGUCCAGUCGGAGCGGUGUUUCCGAUGUGUCGACCACGAGCUCGCGCACGCCCGGCCAGUACCAGGGCUCUAUCCAGUCCCGCACCAUGACGGAAAACACGUACAUCUCGGCAGGGUCUUCCAUGAGGUCCUCAGCUGUUGCCGCCCCUCGCAUUCGUGAACGUGAUGCUUACUCUGUCACCGGCAGCCUGAGUUCCGUCUCGAUGGCGGAAUCGAGCAGUGGUGGGCGAAGCCGCCACCGGCCAUCGCGGUUGCGCAACGAGGUGUCCCAGAGUCCGGAUGAUUCGAGGGUCGACGACCUGUUCAAGUUCACACGCAGUCGGCUCAGUGAUAUCCCCUACAAGAUGCCAGCCAUGGCUGAUGCGUCGAGGCUCACCAACGACGAUCUGCGCCGCCAGAUGCUCAACACAGUUUUCGGCUGGAACGGCGACGUCCAGGGUCUGAUCCGGGACGAGGCGAGCCGGCACCACAACGGCUCGCCCAACCGCAUCCUACUGUCCAAGUGGCUGGGAGACGUCGAGCCCGAUAUUAUUGCCACCAGCUCGGCCAAUAUGACAUCGUCCGACUGGAUGCUGCUCGCCCUCAGCGGCAUCGGCGGCCAGGCCUCGCAGCACAAGCUCGGUCGCGCUUACGUACAGCGCCUGCUCGAGAGUGGCGACGUGCACGCGGCCGCCACAAUCAUGAUUGGCAUGGGAGACCAGAACGACGCCAUUGAGAUCUACGUGUCGCACAGGCGCUUCAUGGAGGCUCUGCUCCUGGCCUGCCUCUUCUUCCCGUCGGUCUGGGAGCGUCAGGCCCAGAUUCUCAAGAAGUGGGGAGACUGGGCUGUUCAGCACGGCCAGCAGCAGCUUGCUAUUCGAUGUCUCGCCUGUAUCGGCAAGGAAUCGUCGGAGCCGUGGACAUCUCCGUCAGCCGCCCAGCUUACAUUUGGCAGCUUGAACAGCAUCAACGGCUCCAUCCCUGAGAUCCUCAGCCCUCCGCUCUCGCCGCCGGGAAUCAACAGGGGACCCCAGCGCAGCAUUGCCAAGACGUCGGCUCUCAAGCUCAUCACCACGUUCGGCGACACGAGCGCCAAGUCCAAGUAUUUUGCCGGAGACGAUGGCCAGACCCCGAUCGCGGCGGGAAUCACUCCCAUCGCCGAGUCUGCCAUCUCUCCCGGCGGCUACGAUCCGAUGACGGCGAUUCUGCGCCCGUCCCAGCGGAGCGGUUUCAACACGCCGAGCUCCGCACGCCCGACCCAGGGCUUUGGUCGCCAGCGCCUGCCAUCGAUUGGAGAGGCUCCCGGGAAGCGCCAGCCUACGCCUGACAUCGCGAUGGCCGAGCAGAGACAGCUUGAUGCGCGCAGGCACGUAAGGAAGUCUUCGGCCGAAGUGACGAACGCUCAGCAGGCGGCCUCCAUUGGCAGGGCCGCAACCGCCAGCCCCAUGAUGAUGCGCGGCAAGAAGGAACCGCCCCCGCCGUCGCCUUCUCCGGCCUCGAUGGCCAUGCUGAUGGAGAGCGGACGCACCAGCCGCAACGGGCCUCGGAACCGUAUCCCCGAUGGCAUAGACUUGCACAUUCAGCCCACAGAGGUGAAUGGCCAGAGCGACGUUACUUCUCCUGAGCAGUCAGUCGCCUCGUCGACUCGCUUCCACUGGCCAACCAGGCGCCGGGGCCCGGGAUCCGUGACCAGCUCCGUCACGUCUGCCGCCUCCAGCGUUGCUAAGAGCCAACGCGCCCGUGGCUAUGGUCACCCUGGCAAGACGCUGGAUGAUUAUAUCCACAGCCUGGACACUGCCGGCAACCGAGCUACCAGCCGUGGGCGGGCAAGGGACUCGAGCAGGAAUAGAGACCAGGCUGGCUCGCGCGAACAGUCGGCCGAGCGUGGCCGAGGUGCAUCCCGAGGCUACACCCCACGAGCCGGGAAACGGUCGCCGAGGUCUCCUGUGCCCAUGUCGCCCGAGGACCUGAUCAACUUGAGCACGCCCAAGCACCCCGAGGCUCGUAUGGAGCAUGAAGGGUCCAUCCUGAUCGACCUAAAUAGCAGCGGGCCCGAUCAGGCCCCGAGCGCGGUCCGCAAGACCAGCAGCAGCCAGAUCCGACGUUCGUCCAAGACCCGGGCUGGCGGCAACAGCCGCCACUCGAGCCGCGGCCGCCGCAACACGAGCGCCGAGAGGCUGGCGGACCGCAGCCGUAGCCGCAGCCUGAGGGACAGGUCGCCCACAUCGCCCGUACCCAUGUCUGCGGUCCCGGGCAACUUUUCCGGAUCUGAGGACGAGCAAGACUUCCGCAUGGCUUUGGAGGCUCAAGAGCGCUUCCGCAAGAACACGACGCGCGGUUCGAGCCGUGGCCUCCGGGAAGCCUCUCCCAGCUCGACGUCCCAGAAGAUGCGUGAGAGGACAGGCAGCGACCACCACCUUGGCGGACCCAGCGCCAAGUCGUCGUCGCCGUCGUACCAGCAGCUCUACACGCUUUCGGGCGGGCACGACGAUGCCCUUGCAUCGGUCCGGCAGCUCAAGAAUGAAAGGCAGCUCAAGAAGGAGGCUGCGGCCAGGGAGCUCGAGGAGCGACGCAAAUCUCUCGCCCGCCGCCCCACGGCACCUCCUAUCCCACACCCGGACGAGCUCUCUCCUAUCGUCUCGCGGGCGCCGACCUCCUUCUUUGACCGAGCGCUGCCCAACAGCGGCUAUGUACUACCCAAGGAUCUGCCUCAGCGCAGUGCUACGGCUGAUCCGAGCUCUUCGCGAAACGCUUACACGAGCACCAGGCCGGCCAUCGGGUUGCCCGCGACCCCCAAGGCCAUGCGACUCAUCCACGAGCCCGACGCUCACGGCGUGCCCGGCGUGCCCCAAAUCCCCACCACAUUUGCCCAGCGAGCCUCACCCACCGCGUCGUCUCCUGGCAAGGUAUCGCCCAAGAAGGAAAUCCCCGAGCCCCAGCUGCAGCCUCGAGAGUAUCGCCAGCCCUCUCCCAAGCAACACCAGCCACCGCCACCGCCACCGCCACCGCCACCGCCACCGCCGCCGCCGCCGCAGCAGCAGCAGCAGCAACAGCCGCAGCAAAAACAGCAAGAGGUGUCCCUGACCCUGCUCCCAUCGACUGUCUACAGCCCGCCCGUACGGCCGCCCAUUGACCGCUGCAUGUCGGCUCCCCCUGCCGAAGUCCUGGCCCCCAAGACUUUUGGCGGUGGCCAGAUUUCGCGUGGCCUCUCACGACAGCACUCGACCCGCAAGAUGAGCCAGCCUGAUGUCAUGGCUGAUGUUCGGCAGACAGUGGCGAUCCCCACAAUCGAUGCCAUGAUUGGGGGCGGCGGCCGCCGGCCCUCGCACGACUCCCAGGUCCCCCUACCGCCGCCUCCGCCCCCAAUGCUCAAGGAGCUCCAGCACCUCGCCGCCCCGCCGCCCCCUCCGCCGGCGCCUCUGCCGUUUGGUGGCGGCCCCAGGCCGCAAGUUUACGGCGGCACAACCUCGGGCAUGAUCGAGAUUGUCAUGGACGACGAUGACCAAGUGCCCCCGCCCCCGCCCCCUCCGCCGUCGGUGCCCGUGGCUAGCCCUCUGAGCGAGUCCAUCGUGCCCAUCCUGUUGCCCCCAGCUCCCCCGUCGGCCAAGGGGACGUCUUCGUCAACCAGCGGUCACCACCGCGGGCGCAGCAGCGUCGACAACAGCCUAGCCAGCCGCUUCUCGCGAGCCACUGAGCGCAUGAGGUCUGCCAGCCGCAACCGGACUACAAACCCGUCCAUGGUGCCCCGCAGGUCGCCCGAGUCAUCGACCUCGCCGUACGAGAGUGUGCCCUCGGGCCCUCCCAUCAGCUUCUCCAACUCGCGUGCCGCCGCCGUCCAGCACAUGGAGCAGCAGCAGAUCCAUAUCCAGAACGACUACCGCACCGGCCUGCACAGGAGCGAGAUGAUCUAAGCUAUUCAGCUUGUCUCUCCACCACUGGCUCGGUCUGGCCGUUUACUCUUCUCUCUUUUUUUUUCUCUUUUUAAUUUUCGUCACACUCUCUCGACACCCAAGUCACCCACCAAUUGUUGGCAGACACUAUCAGCCAACCAGACACACGAAGUUUCUCAUUAAAUACCCAUUCGAUUCCUCUUGCUACCUAUGCUUAUAUUGCAUGGCGGUCGGCGUUUCUUCCCGUUUGUUUCUCAUGCCAUCUUUUAGUUUUUCACUUAUGACGGGCAUCGGCCAUAUACUCUUGUUUGAUUUUAUCAUCGUUUUAUCUUCUUUUCUUCGACAGCUAGAUGCCAAGAGGCCGGUUGCAAUGUUUGAAGGGCAACCGGAAAAACGCCCACGCAAAAAAGAUACAAGAAUGGGCGGUACAAGACGCCGAAAAAAAAAGAGGGCGAUUCACGCGCCAGCAGGCCCAGUCGACAAAAGCUGUUUGGUUCAGCACGGGAAGAGCAAGGCCGCCCUCGCGGGAGAGGCCGGGCUCUGAGUUCCGAAGCAGAAAGAAUCGGUUUUUGCAUCUUUGCAUCCUGGUCAGUUCAGAGAUGCCGGUUUUUAUUUAUACAAGCAGCAUCGCCACUUUGUCGUGUUCGGAUUACUUUGUCAUUAGAGGCAAAUCAGUUGUAACAAUUCAAGUCUCUCCUUGUGUCGGGCUCAAGCUACCUACUGUAUCUUAUCCACACGACCUUGUUUGGCAUCCCGACAUGUCGCCUUUCUGUUUUGCUUCCCUUAUUUCUCACUUGUUCUCUUGUUCUGUGCAUCUCGUUGCAUCAUUCACGCCGGACCCGAUUCGGGUCUGGACAUUACGAAGUUCAUGACGUUCGACGGAAGGGAUGGACGGUGUCUCGGGGACACGAAUAAUUUGGCUGGGCCACGGGGAGGACGAAAGAGAACCAAGACUGGCAAUUCGAGAAGGUCGGAGUGUAUAAGCAGGAUGGAGCGUGGAUGAUGGUUCAUAUAACCUUGGCCUCGCGGCAACUGUUUUUGUUUUGAAGUUUUGCGCUAGUUAUAUUGGAAUGAAAUCACAAUCUCAUCUUUACCUUUGAAA